AUGGUGGUAAAGUUUGAUCGCUUAAACCUAUUCCCGUUGAGUCGUAUUGAGGUCCUGGAAAGCCUGGAAGGAUUAUCAAGUUACAUAAAAGGUCGACGGAAGAAGAGUCUGCUAAAGUUCAUUGACAAAAACUUGUUGGCUAGGGUGAGUUCGAUAUUGUACUUGAUGGGUAAUAUUGGUUUGAGGGUUGAGGUAUGAAAGGUCGGUAAAGUUAGAUUUUUAUGUGGUUUUAAAGAACAUUUUAGUCAGUUUUUCAAUUUUUUAAAAUGCAAAUUCGAUUUUAUUCAAAAAGACAUACUUUUGAGGUCUGCAGGCUACAAUAGACAAGUUAUACGAUGAACUGUAUAUUGUUUGUUUUAAUUUUGUAAAAUACGUUAUUUAACUUUCUUUUAGUUGCAAUGAAAACACUAUAUAACAUGUUUAAGGUAAUAUUCCACGCAGCAGCGAUCUUCGCCGAAGAGCCGGUACUAAUCGAAGUACCAAUACCCACAAAUGCACCAGUUUAUAUCGCUGGUAAUCUGCAUGGUCGGCCGAGUCAGAUGCUAAGAUGGUUUGAGCUGAACAAUCCUCCGCCGCAAAGUGUCCACGUCUUUAUUGGGGGCUAUAUUGAGUAUGGCAGGCAUGGAAUUGACGUACUGAUACUGUUAUUCUUGUACAAGAUAGCAUUUCCAAAACAUAUUUUCAUGGUCAGAGGAAUGUACGAGUACUACAACUUUGAGUGCAGAAUAUUCAGAGAAGAGGUGAGUUAGGUUUUGUCAUUUUUUGUUUUGUAAAGAAAGUUUUUGUUAUUUUAUGCUUUGUAAAGAAAGUUCUUGCCAAUUUUUGUUUUGUAAACAAAGUUCUUGUCAUUUUUUGUUCUGUAAAGAAAGUUCUUGCCAUUUUUUAUUUUGUAAACAAAGUUCUUGUCAUUUUUUGUUCUGUAAAGAAAGUUCUUGCCAUUUUCAGUGCAACAAAAUUGGCAAAAACCUAUUGGAGAUCUUCCACUUGGCCUUCAAUGAAAUGUCAUGGGCAGUGAAGCUGAUCCCUCAUAGUGGAGCCAACGGCAUCUUCUGUGCUCACGGUGGGGUCAGCGAAUGGUUCAUAGUAAAGCCAGAAGUUUUGGAAAAUGUCAGGAAAAACAAUGGCUACUACAAGUUGUAUGAGAAGCUGGUCUUCACUGACAUCAUGUUUGGACGGCCAAUCAAGGAAACGCCGGCGUAAGUAAAUAUUGAACUUCGGCACGGGUUGGCGAGCUGCGGGAGACAUUUUAUACGACAUUUUUUUGUUUUUUGAUGGAAAGAAAGUUUUUGCAGUUUUGAGUUUUGUAAACAAAGUUCUUGCCAUUUUGGGUUUUGUAAAGAAAGUUCUUGCCAUUUUUUGAUUUGUAAAGAAAGUUCUUGCUAUUUUUUAUUUUGUAAAGAAAGUUUUUGCAAUUUUUCAAAAAAUAUUAAUUUUGAAAUUUUAGUGACAGUAUUCAAGCCCUAGCCCGGAUAAGGCACAGUCGAUUUUUCGACAAGAAACAACUGCUACAGGGAUUGGUUUCUAUCAAUUGUACCUUAUUAAUCAGAGCCAGAAGUCUCAGUGACACACUUUGGGUAGGUGGAAAGAAAGUUUUUGUCUUUUUUUGUUUUGUAAAGAAAGUUCUUGCCAUUUUUAGUUUUGUAAAGAAAGUUAUUGCUAUUUUGAGUUUUGAAAAAAAAAAGUUUUACCGUUUUUCAUUUGUAAAGAAGUUCUUGCCAUUUUUUGUUUUGUAAAGAAAGUUCUUGCCAUUCCCAACAUUAAAAAGUCAUUUUCAGAAGAAAAAACUAAACGCGAACGAGAAAAUGAAUGAGAAUCACUACGCGGACGUGGAUUCAAGCGCCUGUUCCAAGUCCGGCCUAGCCGAAGUAAUCGAGGUCAGAAUGGCGGAAGGCUGGACCACGCCUCGAGUCGAGUUUAUCGUGACGACCAAGAUGAAGAAGGUCGAGAAGAUCUUGUUGGACGAACUUUUGAGUCAGCUCAACAAGGAUUUGACACGUCACCCUCCGGCCAUUUAUCCAUUGCCAGGCCAAAUGCAAGCGAUUUGGAACAAAAUCAACCAAAAUGUGGUGUUCCCAAGGAUGUGGUACGACCAUUCUAGCCUGGCGGAGUUGUUGCAGGUGAGGAGAAGCUUUUAAAAUUUAAAAAAUUUAAAAAAAACAGUGAUUUUUGCCUAAAAAAAUUGAUUUUUUAAAUAAAAACAUGAUUUUAUGACGUUUUUUGAAAAUAAAAUUGACUGGUCGAUAAAUUUUUUUGUGUUAAAAUACUUUUACAAAACUAUAAUUUUAAGUUUAAAGUAUCAAAAAUGCUAGUUUUUGCAUGAAAAACCAAAAAUAGAGGCUUAGGUCCCACCGAGAUUCGAACUCGGGUCGCAGGAUUCAAAGUCCUGAGUGCUAACCGCUACACCAUGGAACCGACGUUCCUCUGUUCGUUUCAAAGUGCAUUUGAAAAGCAACUAGAGGAUAAAUGUAAUGUUUAUGAUCACUCUGGUUCAAAAAAACGUCAUUUUUGAUAUUUUUUGUAUCUCUACGAUAUAUUUUGUCACUUUUCAAAAUUUUUAAUUUUUAAAAAAUUUUUGAAAUCUUUGAAAUUUUGAAAAAAUAGUGAUUAAUAUGCACUUUAUGGUGAAGAAAAUAAGUUUUUCAUAUCAAUAACUCUUUGUUAUGGAUAUGAAAAACAGUUUCGCACCGUGCAGCGAUCUGUGGUUAAGGAGAUAGACUUGAAAUCCAUUGGGCUUUGUCCGCGCAGGUUCGAACCCUGCUCGUUGCGACUUGCAUUUUUCGACCAAAGUCUUAUAUUUUUUGACCAAAAACGGUUCAAAUAUAAUUUUCAUGGACUAAAAAAACAUGUUAUUAUGCAAGUCUUUUCAAUUUCCAAACUUUUUUUCAAAUUUCAAAAUUUUUAAAAUUUUGACGGAAUGACUAAACAUAUUGUAUGGGUAUCGAAAAAUGAUUUUUAAGAAUUAUAGUGAUCAGUUAUAUCACUUUUAGCCAAAAUUUGGUUUUGAACUGCAAUUUGAGGUUAGCACUCAGGACUUUGAAUCCAGCGACCCGAGUUCGAAUCUUUGUAGGACCUAAGACGAUUUUUUUUUCGGUUUUCAAGCAAAAAAGUGGUAUUUUUAAUUUACCAAAUGUAAAAAAUGGCUCCUAAGGGUAAUUUAUUAAAAAAUAAUUUAUCUACCGGUCGAUUUUAUUUAUUUAAAUUUUUAAAAAUUCUGAAAAAAACAAAUGGAAACUACUUUUUUUACAAGCUGAAAAAUAGCAAGAACUUUCUUUACAAAACAAAAAAUGGCAAUAACACUUCCUUUACAAACAAAAAAUGGCAAGGAUUUUCCUUACAAAAUUAAAAGCGGCAAGAACUUUCUUUACAAAACGAUAAAACUUUAUUUUUCAAAAUUAAAAACGUUCAUUUUCAGAUAUUCCCCAACUGCCCCCUAACAGAAAUCGAGCCCUCCGGUCCUCCACAUGGCUUAGUUAUGUUGUACUGGCUGCUGAUCUACGCCCUAUACCCAACGGAAAUCGACGUUAAAGAUUGUGAAUUUCUGAAGACUUUUGAACGCCGAAAAUCGGAAUGGUAUUCACCUCAGCUGCUCCAAUUUGGCGAAGAAAUGCGACAAAUCAUCGACGAAUUCCCGGAUUUCAUCGACCAGUAUUUGCGGUUUAAAGAGGAAAAGGAGCGACUGGAGAGGAAGGCUGAGCAGCUUUGA